AGAGAGAGGAGCCACCAACAUGAGGUUUAAAGUAGCAGAAGCUGGAUUUGUCGUCUUCCUUCUCUCCUCAUCAGUGGUACUUGGUCAGACUGAUCAUGGAGUGACUUACUCUUCUACUCAGAUCUGUGCUGUAGAAGGAUCAACAGUGGAAAUAAGCUGCAGCUACACGUACCCAUCCAGAAUAAAUGACAACAUCACUGUGGUUGAAAAAGCUGUAUGGUUUACUAAAAUGGAAGGUGGUGAACCUGUGGAUCUGAUGACAGACGCAGAGUUUUCAGGUCGUGUUCAGUAUCACUGUGAUGAGAACAAGUGCACUCUGAGAAUCUCAGACCUUAGAGAGAGAGACUCAGCUGAGUACAAGUUCAGAUUCACAACAAACCAACCAGGAGGGAAAUAUACUGGUUCACCUGGAGUCACUCUGACUGUCUCAGUUCUCCAUGUAGAGGCCAAGACAAGAGAUCCAACAUUGUAUCCUCGCUGGGCAGACGUGAAGUGUCGGAGCAGGUGUCGUCUAUUUGCUCGUUCCUACGUCUGGUACAAGAAUGGAGAGAACAUGAACAAAAACACUUAUUCAAUUCAACAAUUCUUUGAAUGGGGAGACAGUGUUUCCUGUGCUGUUAAAGGAUUUGAGAAGUUUCCCUCUCCUCCACAAUAUUAG